AUGCGGGACUCAGUACGUUCCAAAAGGUCUCUUGUCCCGGUCAGGCCAUCCGUCCUGAUGUUGAUGAUGAAUUUGACUUCAUUAGACACGACCGAUCGCUCAAAUUCCUUGACUCAGCUCCAUCGCUUUUCAACUGGUCUUCUUUCAGCCAUAAGUGCUCUUAAUACUGCUUCCCAACUUCAGUCGAGAAGUUGGACUAGCUAUCUUGUUUCUUUUGUGUACUCUCAAUCUGCGGAGCCUAUUUGCGAUGAAAUUGAUCUCGAGUUGGUUGAGUCAACUUUCUUUGCUGAGGUUGGUUCUUAA